GCUCAAGCGUUCGACUCCUUAAAAAGAGUUGAGAGCAUCGUUGACACGCGUCAAACAAGAAUGUAAAGAAAUAAUGAAGACAGCUCACGUUUCAAAUGACAUCGAAGUUACCCAUUGACGGACACUUUUUAAGGAAGCUUUAGACAGCUCCUCAUGGGCAUGGCGGUGCUUGCUGCGUGCUGCGAGCUUCAAUCAAUCAGCGAGCUGAAGCUUUAAAUAGGGAACCUCAUAAUAUUUAUUUAAUUUAAUAAUUAACAAAAUCCUCUCUGUCAAAUUCCUUAAUUUAUUUGAGCUGAUUCUUAGUACUAAUAAGUCAGAAAAGUAAAAAAAAAGAAAGAAAGAAAGAAAGAAAGAGAAAUCUCUGUUUUUGGUAAAUUGAUGCUUUGCUUCGUCUUUCAGUCUCUGUAUCCAAACUCAAAUGUGGAAGCUUUUUAGGGUUCAUCGCUCGUUUCUCAGCUUCCUCUUCCUCGUCUCCGUCUUCGUCUCUGUCUGUACAGUUUCCUGUCUCUGUGUUUGUGAUCAUUUUAUCCAAAUGACUCCACUCAACUCAACUCAACUCAAGCGGUCAAGAAUAACACAAGACUAAGAUCCAAAGUUUUUUCCUUUUAGUAUUCUCACCCAGAUUGUCAAGUAAAUGCUUAUGCUUUCUCUUAACUUAUCACCUUUCUGUAUGAGAAGAAGCAUACUUUUCUUUUGUUCCCAACCAAACUGACUUAAUCACCGCACAUCUUGGAAAACCCAAACUGGUCUUGCAAACCUUCUUGGUGUACUGACCUCCCUGCCCUGCAUACGGUCAUUUUUGUUUGGAUAAUUUUGAGAGUACGAGGACAAACUAUACUUUAGAACUGAGCUGGUUUUCUCAAUUAACCCUUCUUUUUCCAGAGUAACAAAUGAAGCUGUCUGUAAUUUAAAGUUGCUGCUAAUAAGAAAAAGCACUGCUCAAUCUAGUUUCGCCUCUCUUCUAUCAAAUAGGUAAGCAGAAAACUAUGGCAGCUGAGCUUGUCAAUUCUGCUACGAGUGAGAAACUGACUGAGAUGGACUGGACAAAGAACAUCGAAAUUUGUGAGUUAGUUGCUCGAGAUCAAAGGCAAGCUAAAGAUGUUGUUAAAGCAAUUAAGAAACGAUUGGGAAGCAAGAACCCAAAUACUCAAUUAUAUUCUGUAUUGUUAUUGGAGAUGUUGAUGAACAAUAUUGGUGAAAAUGUUCAUAAACAAGUGAUUGAUUCAGGCAUUCUCCCUAUUCUUGUGAAGAUAGUGAAGAAAAAGUCGGAUUUGCCUGUACGAGAGAGAAUAUUUCUGCUUUUAGAUGCUACACAGACAUCCCUUGGUGGUUCUUCUGGAAAGUUUCCUCAAUACUAUUCAGCAUACUAUGAUUUGGUGAGUGCUGGAGUACAAUUUCAUCAAAGGCCUCAUGCUACACCAUCAAAUCCACCUACUUCACUACCAAAUAAGAAUAAUACACUUAAUGGGGAACUUGCCGCUGCUAGACAUGAGGCAAUUGCACAGCAAACAGAGCCUCAGAUUGUUCCUGAGUCCAGCAUUAUUCAGAAGGCUAGCAAUGCAUUAGAGGUUUUAAAAGAAGUCCUUGAUGCAGUUGACCCUCAAAAUCCUCUGGGUGUGAAGGAUGAGUUUACACUUGACCUUGUGGAACAAUGUUCGUUCCAGAAGCAACGAGUGAUGCAUCUUGUGAUGAGUUCUCAGGAUGAGAAGGUGGUUUCCCGAGCAAUUGAGUUGAACGAGCAACUCCAGAAAGUUCUUGUCAGACAUGAUGCUCUUCUCUCAGGCAGGACUUCUGUUUCAAGUAGGCCGACAUCAACUAUAAAUCAUUUUGACCCUGAAGAAGAGGAGGAAGAAGAGCCAGAACAACUUUUUAGAAGGAUACGCAAAGGGAAAGCCUGUGCAAGACCUGAAGAUGAAGAGUGCUCUAGAGAGCGGCCGCACUUAGGUUUGCUUGGAUCAUCCAUUCCGGGAGAAAAAGAAAGGCUAAACCGUCCCCUUAUACGGCCAUUGUCUUUGGAACCAUCAUGUGAAAACAAUGCAAAUCCUUCAGGUGUUGCAAUUCCUCCCCCUCCUGCAAAACACAUGGAGAGAGAAAGAUACUUUCAGGAGAAAAAGGUUGAUGGUUCUGCUCUGGCUGGUCAUAUGAGAGGCAUGUCAUUACACAGUCGUAAUGCCAGCAGUUCUCGUAGCGGGAGUAUGGAUUUUAGUGACUAACUAUAGGUUGGUGCUUUUACAACUUCUAUUUGUUGAUAUGUCAGCUUAUUACUUAUAAAUGGAGAUGGAUUUUCAUUGCUAGUAUUGUCAGGUGUUGGUUGAAAAAUGACUGAACCUCAAGAUAUUUAAUCAUAUAGAAUGGUCUUACAUACAGCCUUCUUAUUCGGUGUUCGGUCUUAAGUUGUGUCGGAGGGUGGUUGAACGUGAUUGUUAUUUUCAUUGAGUUUUUGUGGCGUUUAGGUAAUUCUUUUUUUAAUAUCCUUUUGUUUCAAAGAGUGGCUUGUAAAGAGGAUUCUUUUUCCGAAAAUCUUUAGUACAAACUACUUUUUGGGAUGGCUA